AUGCGCGGAAAUGACACUCAGACCAAGAUCCAUCACCAGGGCAAGGACGACGACUUCAUUGUCCUCGUCGACUCUGCGGAUGCGGUGCGUGAGUGGAAGAAGGAUCCCUCCAUACCGCUCGCACAGGUCGUGUCGGGAUGGAAGGUCUUCGUGACGCAUAAGUGAGUUGAACACGGCCUACCCUCCACCAGCGGGUAUCACCAAUUGGAAGUGGUAUGUGCUAACAUAGUUGGGAUAUUACAGGCACGGCAACCAAGGUGUCAUGGACGCUGCUUCCAAAGGCCAGCUUCAGGACGAAUUCGGUACGAGCAACGACGAUGAGGUCGUGAAGCAGAUUUUGGAGAAGGGUUCGAUCAUUGAGAAGCAGGUGCGUACAAACAGUGAAGGACUCUGAGUAGAUUAGGACACAUUACUGACGUUUCUUUCCGCUCAGAGCAAGGGCCGCGAUGGCAACAAGAAUGACUCUGAUGGAGGAAUGGUUGCCCACUAA